UGUUUCACAUGUUCAGCUGUAAAGACUUCCCCUGCAUGUGAAGAGGGUCCAUCAACUUCUCUGGUUCUAGCCACAGCUUUUUCGGAAAGACAUGGCGCUGAUGGGGAUUCAGCUGGUGGUCAGCUUGCUGGCUGCCAGCAUUAUGCAGAGGAUGGCUCCGCACUGCUCAUUUGCACGCUGGCUCAUCUGUAAUGGCAGUUUGUUCCGGUUCAAGCAUCCGUCAGAAGGAGAGCUGUGUGCCCUUGCGGGGAAACAGAUGCCAAAACAGACCAAGAGAGACAGGAGACAAAAUGGAGAGAACAAGCCUCUGACCGUGCCUAAAGACAUCGACCUUCACUUGGAGAAAGCUCCUGUCAACGCGCUGGAUGCUCUUGUGCUGCGUUUUUUCUUGGAGUACCAGUGGCUGAUAGAUUUUGCAGUUUAUGCCAUGGGUGUCUUCCUGUUCACUGAGUGUUACUACAAUGUGGUUGAUGCCAGAAAAGAGAUCAAUAUCGGAGCCAUCUGGUGCGUCCUGACAGUGCUGUUUGGUCUAAAGACUCUUCACACUCUGAUGAGACACUACUUCCGCUCCGAAGAGGGGGGCGAGCGCUCUGUGUGCCUUGCCUUUGGUUUUCUGACUCUGCUCGUGGCCAUGCUGGUGCUUGUGGUCAGGGAGGAGUACCUGGAGUUCGGCCUGGAGUCUGGCUUUUCCAGCCUCUUUGACAACUUGGAAACGUUUGCCAAACAGCAGGGCUACGCUCAGUGGUCAAUCCCAGUGACCAAGCUGACCAUGAAGCUCGGUCUGGCCGCUGUCUGUGCUUACAUCGGUUCUAUCCUGGCCUUCCCCGGCCUGCGACUGGCUCAGACUCAUCUAGAUGCUGUACAGAUGAACUCAGACCGCCCACUCAUCCAGUUUCUGCUGCACAUAAGUUUCAUGUCUCCGGUCAUUGUGUUGGUUCUCUGGGUGAAACCAAUGGCAAGAGACUUUCUGGCCAGUGCACCUUUGGGGAAGACCUCCAUCACAAUAGUUUCCAGUGAAGCAUUCGACAGCGUGCGCCUGUGGAUCAUCGUGGUGUUGUGUGUGCUUCGACUAGCAAUGACUCGUUACCACCUUCAGGCCUACCUGAACCUGGCUCAGAAGUGGGUGGAGCAGAUGAAGAAGGAGGCGGGUCGUAUUGCUGCAAUUGACAUUCAGAGGAAGGUCACACGCAUCUUUUGCUUCUUGACUGUAGUUACUCUCCAGUAUUUGGUUCCUAUUCUUCUCAUCCUCUUCUCCACACUUUCACUCAAGGCAUUAGGGGACUUCUCCUGGGGCCCUGGUGCAGAGGAAACUCCUGGGGUGACACCAGCACUGGUGAUGCCCACAGCAGCACCUGUGCUGCCCGGUGGUCUCGACGAAGACGAAGAGGUGGACGAUAUGGAAGAAGACAUCCAGGCUACAGUAGCGCACCUGACAGAGGCCUUCUCAGCGCUGCGUGCCGUCCUCACUCCGCUUUUCUUAAGAGGUUUCUUUGCAUUCCUCACGUGGUGGGUGGCUGCCUGCCAGGUUAUCAGCUCUCUGUUUGGCAUCUACUUCCACCAGUACCUUAUGCAGAACUAACUGAUAACAAGCACACAGUGCCAUACUGUUCGACCUGCAAUGCAAUUCAAGCCCUCAGCUGUUGUUAAGCUGUUUCAAAGGAUAGCUGCAGGCAGCAAAGGGACUUUACAUUAAUACACACAUCUACAGACAGAAUGCACCUUGGCUGUAAUAGAAGAUCUGAUCAAGGCUGGUUGAGAGUGAGAUAGAUGACUGACACUGUCGGUUGCAAUAUUGGUUACAUCGUUCCCUUAUGACUUUCAAUGGCCAGCAGGAUACUGGUAUCAGUAACCCAGAUGUACAGAGAGCACUCGAGUCUAUAGAAGAGAACAAGUUCAACUUAGUCUGGCUGUCUCUGGGUUUCCUCACUUCACUGCAUUAGAAUACUGGUGAUUCUCGUCAUCAAACAUCUGGUUACCAGCUGGUUCAGUUAUCUGUUGCUUUAUUGAUCCAGCUUCUUUUGUGCUCCCAUGAACUCAGCAGAGAUCAAAGUCAAAUUCAACAUUACUGUAUACAGUUGCAAUUGGAUUCAUCUUUAAAAUAUUUUUCAAACAUUUCAAGUAUGCUGUUUAAUAUUGCUAACCGUGUAAGAAUAAGGUUGUCUUAACAUGUUUGGCAUCUCAACCGGUUGGCCAGUGUAAAAAAAGUGACAUUUGUAUUAUUUUGACGCCUUUGUAUUUGUUAACAAACCAUUCUGAGUGAUACACUCACAGCAAAAAUGAUUAGAAAAGGUGAAGAAGUCAAAACAUAUAGAGGUGAUCAGCUUCAAUUAGCUAAUGGAAAGUGUUCAUUCAGUAGUUGACUCCCCUCCCUGAAGGUCACCAUGGUGGUCCACCAGAUUCACAAGUGGUCCAGCUUUUGAUAGAGGAAAACAAGUUUAGCCCAAAGAAUGUCAGCUAGCCAAAUAUUCUUGCUUUGUACAGUCCUGCUGUAGUCAACUCCUGCCUACUCAGUAAAACAUUUUCCUGCAUCUCUUCAGACGUAUCAAUACCAGUGGUACCUGAAUUCUUAAUAGAACAUUGUUCAAUGCUGCAUAUGUGUAUGAUAGUUAAAUGGUAACAGGGUAAGUAUUAGUACUUAAUCCCUGUCAGGAUAAGUUGUUUGUUUUGUGAGGGACUUUUUGUCCCCCUUAAGGAACCGAUUCAAGAGUGCUAAACUUUUUAUUUAACUUUGUUUUUUCUGCUGUUUAUUGCGUUUAUGUAGUUAAGUUGAAACCGUCCUUAUGAAUCAGUUGAAAAUGAACCGUGUUUGUGUAUCAGUCAAGAACUGAUGAGAUGUUGCUUAUUUUUUUGUUUUUCCUGUAGAAUUCCUAAGUGCCUGGGAGCUCAGGGAUUUUGAUUCGAUUUGAAAUCUCCUUUCUCUCUGAUAAAUCAUAUUUUGACUGAACAGAAAACAUUGAUAGAUCAAAUUUAGACUCUUAACUGUUUUUUUUUCCCAUUUAUUUUUAAUUUUCAAACACGACUCACUCGCAUCAUCUUUAGCAGCAGUGAAUUAAAUCACUUUUAUUUUUACUUUUUUGUUGUUUUUAUAGCUAAUCAGUCAAGUAAGAUUAAAGGAGCAAUAUGUAACUCUAAUUUCCACUCUAGUCAAUAAUUGUGUUUCCACAUCGAGUCCUUCUCCGGAGCUCUGUCACCAGCGCUACUACGCUCUGCUCUGUUUCAAAUAAGCUUAUGAGUCUAUUUUUGAUGGUGUACCCCACAGGCAUGCGCCAAGCUAGACCAAAUAGAACAACCUGGACAGAAAGUCAAACAAGGGAACGCACUGAGCGUCCUGUCAAUUUCAAAAUAAAACACUACACAGACAAACAAUCUUAUUUUCCAUCACUUUAUCAACAUAGAGUCAAAACAGGCACCAAACGAACAACAAAACAACCUCAGAAAGACAGAGUAACAUGUUGUUUGCACGUUUUUCUCUGUAUUCUCACGUUAUCUUGUAGUUCUCCUGUGAUGUGUGUGAUCUGCUCAUGGCUGCAAUCAUGUUCCAGAAACAGGGCAGGGCAAAACCGUGGCGCUGGCAGACCGCGGCAUGUGGUGUGUAAAUUCGUUGCUAGAGACGAUGUGCACGCAGGUUGCCAUGUUGCAGAUUUAGAAGCUUCAGUGUUUAGCCAGCUCUGCAUCGGUCUUGAAACCUUUUUUCUGCCUCUCAUAGUAUUACCACUUUUCUGCUCAUGGAGCUUAUUCGGAAAAAUGCAGAGUUUUUUUAGAUCAGUAAAAAUCAGAUAUAUCUGAAACAGUUUGCUUGCCCACUUUCAUCGCUGCAAAACCAGUUUGUGUGCUGUGACAACUUGUUUUAUAUCAGGCAAACCAGGGGUGUGCAAAAUGGCCGUGUGGGGGUUACAUGAAACCGCCGACCUGCUCUGGUCAAAAUGAAUACAGACUAAUCCGGACCAGAAUCUAAUCUUAGGAGGACAUACUGGCUGCUGCAUUGUUGUCAGAGAAGCCAGCACUUCAACAUAGCAUGUUUCCUUAUUGCCUGAAGGUACAAUGAGGUCAUGUUUGAUAAUUUAAUUCAGUAGAUAUUUUACAUAUUGCUCCUUUAAUCCAAGCCCACUUAGAAUAAUUGUGUGCGUCAGUGGGUUUUAUUUAUUUAUGAUACAUUGGGUUGAAUAGAGAUGAUACUGAUGCUGCAACUCUACAUUUUUAUUUUCUGUUUGUUGUGUGUGUGUGUGUGUGUGAUAUUUUAGAUAGUAUAUUUGAAUGAAAUGCUCUGAAAUCAUUACUGUGAAGUACAUAUCGAAACAUUGCUUUUUGAGAUUUCCUGAAUGCAUGGUGUGUGAAGUUUUCCGUGUGAGUGUGUCUCAAUAAAACAUUUUCAGUCUGA